AUGUUCACUCCGUCGUUCUCUCGUCUUUUCACUCUUUGCUCGGCGCUGGCGUCCGUGGCUGUCGUUAGCGCUGCUCCCCACCAGCGCCGCGCGCAGGUCCCGACUGGUCCCAAGUUCGUCGUCUACACCGACUCCUUAGUCGGGCCUAGCGUCCUGCCGCCCCUCGAGCAGAUCAAGGGCUUCAACGUCAUUAACCUGUCUUUCCUGCUCUCUGACGGCCCCCACGACCAAGUCGCCGCCUGGGCCAACCUGGACGCAGGCACCCGCCAGCAGCUUCACCAGCAAUACAACCAGGCCGGUGUCUCGCUCGUCGUGUCCGUUUUCGGCGAGACCGAGCUGCCGGUGACAAAAGGCCUCGACCCCACGCAGCUCGCAGGCCAGAUGGCGCAGUUCGUCCUCAGCCACGACGUCGACGGUAUCGACGUCGACUGGGAGGAGACAACGCUCGUCACCGACCCGACGAAGAGCGGCGUCGGUGAGGCGUGGCUUGCGACGUUCACCCAGACCCUCCGCCAGACCCUCCCGCAGGGCCAGUUCAUCCUCUCGCACGCGCCGCUGGGCCCUUGGUUCCAGCCUGGCUUCUGCCCUGGCGGGUGCUACCUCACUGUCGACAAGACUGUGGGCAGCCUGAUCGACUGGUACAACAUCCAGUUCUACAACGAUGACCCCAGCCCGGGCUACAACGACUGCAACUCGCUCAUCACCUCCGCGGGUGGCUCUGCGCUCUUGGAGAUCCCCAAGAACGGCCCCUCGCUGAACAAGCUCGUGAUCGGCAAGCCGGGUACCGCCGCGGACGUCACCAACGGUGGGUUCAUCGACCCUGCGACGCUUGCUACGUGCGUCCAGCAGGCCGUGCAGGCGGGCUGGAAUGCCGGUGUCAUGGCCUUCCAGUUCCCCCACGCCGACACCACCUGGAUCACCACCGUCAAGGGCAGCUCCUUCCAGUGAGCGCUGCGCCGAGCAAUUACGACGAGAGAACUCGAUAUUACGACACCCCCGCAUUGAACGUCUUCAUCACCACCAACAAAUAGUAGUACGGAUGCUCAUGAUGACGAGACACGAACAUCACCAUGUAACGAGUAGGGAAGUGUCCCGAGCAACGAUGAUAACUUCUAGCGGGUGUCCC